AUGGCACAAAACAAUAAUAUCAACGUGACAGUUCCCUCAGGUGAAAUGCGUUAUAAGGGUGUGAGGAAGCUUCCCACAGGGAGCUACAUAGCUGAGAUCAAAGUUAUCAGCCAGAGAAGAUUUGUGUGGCUUGGAACGUUUGAUACAGCGGAGGAAGCUGCUAGGGCUUAUGAUGCAGCUGCCCGACGGCAUCUCGGCCCACGGACAGUCAUUAAUUUUCCUCCAAUAACUAAUCAUAAUGACGUCAAAAGAACCAGAAAUUAUCUUCAAAAGCUUAAUCGUAAGGAUGUCAUGAUCAAUUAUGCUAACAACACUGCUGCAUCGUCUUCUGGAUCAGGUGGAGCUUUGAUGCCAAAUCAGAGUUCUGAUCACUCUUGCACCGCCAGAUUUUCAACUUCUGUUGGAAGAAUUUUUGUUUGGUUGUUCGAUUGGAAACGGAAAAGACAUAAGGAA